UUUGUCCUUCCGCAGUUUCCAUUCAUGCAGGUUUGAAGGCGACAGCUGAGUGUGGGAGGCGGCGGAGGAGCUGACGGACAAGCUAAGCCCACGGCCAUGCUCUAAUCUUCAGCUCCAUCGGAAAGGGAGAAAGCGCGCAGGCAGGAGGCACAGUCAUGUGUAGGGUCCGGCAUGUCCCGAUUGCAUGAGCACCGGUCCGGGAUGGAACAUUUUCAAUGGAUCUAAAAGUAUAACAAGUCCAGAAUCGGGACAGAGCCGGUACACAUUGUGCAGUAAUAACCCCGCGAUCUCGCAUGCUGCAACCCUUGCACGUUCUAUUGGUGUAUUUACUGUAUUGCUUGUGUACAUUAGCUGCGCACCUGUCGAACCCCCGCGUCCAAUGCCAUGGAUCAGUCUGCAGCGGCGGCCAAGCUCCAGGGCACAUGUAUGGAAAUCGCUCCUGAUCUGAAGGACCUGGAGAACAAGGUUGGCAGGAAGACCCCUGAGAGUCUGCUCAGGUGGAUGCGAGAGGAUCCCGUGCUGCACCUGGAAGAGAGCGGGCAAGGGGACAGUGGAGGGGACAGUGGAGAGCACGGGCUUGCACACAAGAUCAAAACGCUGAAACUGGAGCUGGCCUGCUUGAGGGCAAUUGAUGUUAAGAUACUUCAGCAGCUACUGGUUGUAAAUGAAGGGAUUGAAGCUGUAAAAUGGAUCCUUGAUGAGAAAGGAAACUUAACCAGCCGUUGCAGCAGUCUCACCAGCAGCCAGUACAGCCUGGCAGAAAGUCAAGGAACAUCUCGUAGAGGAAGCUGGAACAGUCUUCAGGAUCCUAUAGAUAAACUUGACAGCAUCUCCAUUGGCAGUUACCUAGACACCCUUGCUGAUGACAUGGAUGAGUACAGUCUGAGUACCAGUGAACCAGUUGUAUCCUCCACUCCAUAUCGCCAAGCUUUUGCAUAUGGUGUCAUUGAACAAGAUGGAGGCAAACUGGACUAUGAAAGGGAUGCCUUUUCUCCAUCAAUCACAGUACACUCGAAAGGGGAACGGGAGAAAACAAAAGUAGAAAAAGAUUGUUGUAGAGGAGAUAACAUGUCUGUAUCUACCACUGGUCAAAAUACUCUGGAAAAAAACAGGGUGUCUAGACCGACGGGACAGUUUGCAUCUCAUGUUGGUCAGACACAAAAUGGAUCUUUGGUUAGACAUGUGCCAGUUGCUGAGAACUGUACAAAAGUGAAGUCCUCAACAGCAGAGAAGACAAGUAAAAGUAGUCCAAAAAUACAAUCUAGUCAAAAUGGGAAAGUGGAUAUAGAAAAGUGUAAAAUAAAUAACAAAAUUCACCUAGAAUAUGAUGCCCAUUGGCGCUGGGUACAAUCUCAGGAUGAUGUGACAUUUUUGUAAUGGUUUCUCCAAGAAUGUUUCCCAGAUAAUUUUCUUUUUAGUUGUGGAAUUUCCACUCUACAAGAUACAUUUAAACUGCAUCUUUGACACAUCCCUAUAUGCUGAAUACCAAAGGAGCAUUGGUUCAUUCUGAAUAAGCCGUGAUUAUGAAGAUCAUAUGGUUAAAAUGCUCUUUGCCUUUGAUGGACAUCAGGAUUAUACCCAGGAGUGACCUCAGUAGUGCUGUUUCAGUUGAUUGAAAAUUACAUCCAAAAAUUAUUAAGGGAAAGCAUCAACAAAAUAAGCUCGGCUAUGCAGGCUAAAAUGUAUGUCCUACUUUAGGAUGGCAGAGCAGUAUUCAGCAUCUUGCUGUGUUACAUGCAAUUUAAUAUAUACAGAUGCUAAACAGUGUGAUCUGAACUGAGUGAUAUAAAUCACUUAAAUGUCAAGAUGCUGGAAGAGUAUGUUUAUACAUUGGAACUUCAGAUUUCACAUUUCUCAGGGAACCAGCAUAAGCAUGUUAAUUUUGAGACAAUGCAUUUUGGGUUAGUGGCAGUAUGAAACCUAGGUUACAGGAUAGUGUAUGUAAUAUACAAGAAUAUAAAUUGAGUUUUGACUGUAUUGCUUUAAGAGUUUUCAUUGUGUGGUUGAGGAACAACUGCUGAAUAAGAGUAAGUACACUAAUCCUGAGUAUGCAAAUAUUAACUGUUCCAACUCAUUCUCCUUGCUUUGCAGUCUGGAUAUAUUUCAGUUAAUUGUCACUUUUAUUGCCGAUAUUUCUUCGGUUUCAGUUUUAUUUAAAUAAUACUUUUGCUGUGUAGGGAAUGAUAAAAAUGCAUAGCAUAAACAGCACCUUCUAUUUCACUAGAAAACUAACUGAAGGUGUAACAUUGGGUUUCUGCGCAUCCAAGUAAGGAUGCAUGGAAUCCAGGAGUUGGUUCUCAACCCUUUCUGCUGGUGUUCUAAAUGUUAUAUUUGAUUUCAGAAACCCUGAGCAUAAGCUUGACUUGAACCUGAACGUUUUUUUGAAAAGUGAGUUUAUUGUGCUUGCACCAAUAACUUUUCACCAAAGUUAACCAAAGUUAAUGCAAUGAUUUAAUAUGUGACCAGUUCAAUUGACUGCCAUUGACUAUAAAUUGCUUAAGGCCUUGGCAUUUUCAGAACCAAAUCCAAUGUCUUUCAUUCCAUUAUCUGCCCUUGCUAGUUUUUACCCUUUCCUUUUUCUCCUACUUUUUCUCUUCCCCUAUUUAGCAGGGUCCGCCACAUGCUCUUGUUCUUCAAUGACUGAUAAUAUCAAUGCCCUCUCUUCAGCCCCCCCCCCCCGAAGCCUGCUGGACAGUUACUAGGGAUGAGCAGGAAAAUGAACAUAUAUUCUUUGACAUCUUCUUAUUUUAGAAUCAGUCAUCCACAUACAUACCCAUGCAAACUCUUAGUUAUAUAUUUUAUUUCAUUUUUGGAACUACAAAAAUG